ACUCAUUUGUGAACAGCCAGGAGUGGACCCUGAGCCGCUCUGUGCCGGAGCUUAAAGUGGGCAUAGUGGGCAACCUGUCUAGUGGGAAAUCAGCCUUGGUUCAUCGAUAUCUGACAGGGACCUAUGUCCAGGAAGAGUCCCCUGAAGGGGGUCGAUUUAAAAAGGAGAUUGUGGUGGACGGCCAGAGUUACCUGCUGCUGAUCCGGGAUGAAGGAGGCCCCCCUGAACUCCAGUUUGCUGCCUGGGUGGAUGCAGUGGUGUUUGUGUUCAGCCUGGAGGAUGAAAUCAGCUUCCAGACGGUGUACAACUACUUCCUACGCCUCUGCAGCUUUCGAAAUGCCAGCGAGGUGCCCAUGGUGCUGGUGGGCACACAGGAUGCCAUCAGUGCCGCCAAUCCCCGGGUCAUUGACGACAGCAGGGCCCGCAAACUGUCCACAGACCUGAAGCGCUGUACCUACUACGAAACAUGCGCAACCUAUGGGCUCAAUGUGGAACGAGUCUUCCAGGACGUGGCCCAGAAGGUGGUAGCUUUGAGGAAGAAGCAGCAGCUGGCGAUCGGGCCCUGCAAGUCCCUGCCCAACUCACCCAGCCACUCGGCCGUGUCUGCUGCCUCCAUCCCAGCCGUGCACAUCAAUCAGGCCACCAACGGAGGCAGCAGCGCCUUCAGCGACUACUCGUCCUCAGUCCCCUCCACCCCUAGCAUCAGCCAGCGGGAGCUGCGCAUCGAGACCAUCGCUGCCUCCUCCACCCCCACGCCCAUCCGCAAGCAGUCCAAGCGGCGUUCUAACAUCUUCACGAUAUGUGCCACUGUUUCCAACUUUUCAUCAACAAAAAGGCCUUUCCAACUCCUUCCAAAUUAGAAGACCAGGUGGUGAUACACAGCACCUCUGGACAUUCCCCCUGUGCGGGCCGGAGGCGGGCCGGGCCCUGGGACUGCUCUCAGAUGAGAAGCGGCCGCCGAGCUCCCCGCUCCAGAGACCCACAGGAACCUUUGUAACUAACCCUACCCCCAGGGAAGGCUAGGAACGCCGGAGCCCGCGCUGGGGGCUGCCGGGGGACCAGGCCCGGCUGGAUGCUGCGCCAGGCUCGCUGAAUGGAGAAGAAGGGAGCUCGGCCCACGCCGGCCGGCCAAAGCGAAGAGGCCCAGAGGGGCGGGGGCACUCAAGCCCGCUGGCCCAGCUGCUCCUGGGGGGAGCUUUCCUGCCCCUCCCCUCCUCUGCUCCUUCCUGCAUGGACUUCUGCCGUUCCUGCUCCUGCUCCGGAAGCCGCCGCCACCGCGCUUGCCUUGCCCCCUCUUUUUGGCCCCUCCCCCCUGUUUCCUAGGAUCCGCAUUUGGGUGGACUCUGCCCCAGGAGCUUGGCAGGGUGCAGGCCCUCUUCUGGCCUCUCUCCUCUCUCUCUCCAUCCACUGUGCCCCUCGGGCCACACCGAUAUGCUCGGUGCCAUGUGGUGUCUGUGCCGCAAACGAGCACCUGCCCGCUCACUUCCGGACUUUGCUCUCCCUGGUUGUCGUGCCCUGUGCUCCUGGCCAGCCCUCAGCCCCACUGGGCCACCUCUCCUCGUCCCUCCCUUCACUUAACAAACUCCAGGCCCUGGGCUGCACACUCAUUGCGCCCUCCGCCCUCCGUAUUUCGUGUCCUUGCUCUUUGUGAGGGGCGGGCCUGGCUCAGUGACCUGUGCUGCUCUGUAUGGUGCCGUGUUCUCGAAAAGGUGCUGACCUGGACAGGGAGAAGAAAGCUGCGGAGUGCAGAGUGGACAGCAUCGGGAGCGGCCGGGCCAUCCCCAUCAAGCAGGGGAUCCUGCUGAAAAGAAGCGGCAAAUCCUUGAACAAGGAGUGGAAGAAGAAGUAUGUGACGCUGUGUGACAACGGGUUGCUUACUUACCACCCUAGCCUGCACGAUUACAUGCAAAACAUCCACGGCAAAGAGAUCGACCUCCUACGGACGACGGUGAAAGUGCCAGGGAAGCGUCUGCCCCGAGCCACACCCACUACAGCCCCAGGCACCAGUCCCCGUGCCAACGGGUUGGCAAUGGAGCGGAGUAACACACAGCUGGGUGGGGCCACAGGUGCCCCCCACUCGGCCAGCAGCGCAUCCCUGCAUUCUGAGCGCCCUCACAGCUCAGCCUGGGCUGGCUCACGCCCCAGCCCCGAGGGGCUGCACCAGCGCUCCUGUUCGGUUUCCAGCACUGACCAGUGGAGUGAGGCAGCUGCCCUGCCUGCCAGCAUGCAGCACCCUGCCAGUGGCCCAGCUGAGUCACUCAGUUCCAGCCCCAAGCUGGAGCCUCCCCCAUCUCCCCACUCCAACCGGAAGAAGCACCGCGGGAAAAAGAGCACCGGGACCCCCCGACCAGACGGCCCCAGCAGUGCUGCUGAAGAGGCAGAGGAGUCCUUUGAGUUUGUAGUGGUGUCCCUCACUGGUCAGACCUGGCAUUUUGAGGCCUCAACAGCAGAAGAGCGGGAACUAUGGGUGCAGAGCGUGCAGGCCCAAAUCCUCGCCAGCCUACAAGGAUGUCGCAGCGCCAAGGAUAAGACUCGGCUGGGGAACCAGAACACAGCCCUGGCUGUGCAGGCUGUCCGCACGGUCCGUGGCAACAGCUUCUGUAUUGACUGCGAAGCUCCCAAUCCAGACUGGGCCAGCCUGAAUCUGGGUGCCCUGAUGUGUAUCGAGUGUUCAGGGAUCCACCGACACCUGGGAGCUCACCUGUCCCGAGUCCGCUCCUUAGACCUUGACGACUGGCCACCUGAACUGCUGGCCGUCAUGACUGCAAUGGGCAACACCUUGGCUAACAGUGUCUGGGAGGGGGCUCUGGAUGGUUACUCUAAGCCAGGCCCCGAAGCCUGCAGAGAGGAAAAAGAGCGCUGGAUCCGAGCCAAGUAUGAGCAGAAGCUCUUCUUGGCCCCGCUGCCAAGCUCAGAUGUGCCACUGGGACAGCAGUUACUCCGGGCUGUGGUGGAGGAUGACCUGCGGCUGCUGGUGAUGCUGCUGGCCCACGGGUCCAAGGAGGAGGUGAACGAGACAUACGGGGACGGUGACGGGAGGACAGCCCUGCACCUGUCCAGUGCCAUGGCCAAUGUGGUGUUCACACAGCUGCUCAUCUGGUACGGGGUGGACGUGAGGAGCCGUGACGCCCGAGGACUGACCCCACUGGCCUAUGCCCGCCGUGCCGGCAGCCAAGAGUGUGCAGACAUCUUGAUCCAGCAUGGGUGCCCCGGGGAAGGCUGUGGCUUAGCACCCACUCCCAACAGAGAGCCUGCCAAUGGCACCAACCCCUCCGCAGAACUGCACCGCAGCCCUAGUAUCCUAUGAAGCUCAGGAAGAGGGCAGAGGGACCAGAAGGACUCCACGGCCUGCAGGAAACAGAGAAGCAGGGGUGUGCAGAGAAGAGGGGGUGCCACGGGUUCAGGGGUAAAGAGGUUUGGGGUUGAGCUGCAGCAGAGCAAGGUGUGCUCAGCCCUCGGCCCUAUGGUGCCAUUAAAGGAUAGAACCCUUUGGAGGUGCCUGUGAGGAGAGGGGGGCAGGACCUCUCCCUCCUCCAGAACCCUGCCUCCUCAUGACAGCUCCCACCAGCCUUCCCUGUGGUGGGUGGGGAAGGACAGGACACAGGAUGGGGGUGCCAGCUGAAAGACAAAGGGCCAGUCUGGGAGCCCCAUGUAAAAUUUGUACAUUGGAAUAUUUAUGUUGGUGUAUAUACGUGGUGUGUGUGUAUGAUGAGCCAAUAAAGCAGGCUGUAUGUGUGGCCUCCUUUC